AUGAGCUCAGGCUCGCCCUCUGGCAGUGGCCGUGCCACACCCUCCAACAGCUCUCCCUCGCCCAUGCGCCGCCACCCGGGUCGCCCUCAGUAUAUGACCGUCGGAAACGGCUCGACUUCUGAACAUGCCGCUCGCCUUGCUGCCAUGCUUGACAACGACUCUGGCUAUGGNGGAAGCAUCGCUGACGGCGCCACCUUUGAUCCCACUUUCGACCAAGAUCCUAUGAACCAUCUGGCCACAGCCCAGGGCGCUACCUGUGAGCAUUUGCUUUACGAUCUAGUGAAAUGCAUGUAA